AUGGAAGAUUUUCUUGAUAUCCCUAAUCCUUUCGUAAUCUCUACUUCACUAACUUCAUCUUCUUCUCUUUUUUCUCCUUCUAUUUCACAUCAUAUUCCUUCUACAUCAUCUACUACUGUUUCUACUGAUCCUACUCCCACCUCUCCUCCACCACCCAGAAUUUCUACAAGACCUAAAUACACACCCAAAUACCUUGAUUCUUAUGUUUGUGCUGCACAACAACUUACUUCUCAUUGGUGUAACAUUGUCCUUUAUGAUCAUCUCCCUCAAUCAAGUAAAGCUCUCAUCAGUAUAACAUGCUCUUUAGUUGAACCUACAAGCUACCUAGAAGCUUCUCAAGAUGAUGGUUGUGUUCAGGCUAUGCAAAAAGAACUCACUGCUCUAGAAAACACUGGCCCUCAUCUUCCUACUAUUAAACAUCUCAAGUCUCACUUGAAUCUUGUAUUCAGUAUUAAGGACUUGGGGAUCUUAAAUUAUUUUUUGGGCAUUGAGGUCACUCACCUUCAUGGAGGUAUCAUUUUAACCCAAAAGAAGUUCACUAAGGAGUUACUUGAAGAUUGUUGCUUGGAUGUUUCAAGGUCUGCUAAAACUCCUUUACCUAUCAAUGAGAAACUUCUCACUGAUGAAGGAGAAUUCACCGAUCCAGUCCAGUAUAGAUGUUUAGUGGGCAAACUAAACUUCCUAACCCACACCAGGCCUGGUAUUUCUUUUGCUGCAAAAACACUGAGUCAGUUCAUGCAUAAGUCAGGGCUGCCUCACUUGCAAGCUCUCAUUCAUGUUCUCAGAUACAUAGCUCACAUUAGUGGUCAAGGCAUUCUUUUACAAGCUACUAACACUCUCAUCCUCCAGGCUUACUCUGAUUCUGAUUGGGGAUCUUGUCCCAACACCAGGAGAUCUGUCACGGGCUAUGUAUUGUUACUAGGCAACUCUCCAGUUUCUUGGAAAUCCAAAAAGCAAGGCACUAUUUCCAAGUCUUCUAGUGAAGCUGAAUAUAGAGCAAUGGCUGCCACUACCUCAGAAAUCACCUAG